CCCGGGGUAUAAGUACGCACCCGCCGACCCCGCCAUUGAAGGUGCUCCAAACCUGCAGAGCAGGGCGCGCGCUGGAUUCUAUUCUCCCGCAUUUACACCGCCCGCAUCCGCAUCGCAGUAACCAAUGCCGCAGGCGACGAGCUUUGCUGACGCCAUGCCGUCCCAGCUCGCUGCGGCCGCCGUGUUGGCUGCGCUCGGGCUUGCGGUGGUCCUCCUCCUCCACCGGGGAAGGAGAAGCGAGGCGGCGGCUGCGGUCCCCAAGGGCGGCGGGCUGGCGCUGCCGCUGCCGCCGGCGCCGCGGGGGCUGCCGGUGCUCGGCAACCUGCACCAGAUGCUGGCCAACCGGCCGGCCCACCGGUGGCUGCACCGCCUGCUGGCGGACGCCGCGGGCGGCGUCGUGCGCGUGCGCCUGGGCCCCGUGCACGUGGUCGCCGUGUCGUGCCCGGCGGCGGCCCGCGAGGUGCUCCGCGGCCGGAACGACGCCGUCUUCGCCGACCGCCCGGCCACGUUCGCCGCCGAGUCCUUCAGCCUCGGGUACCUCAGCGCCAGCAUCUCCCCGUUCGGGGACCAGUGGCGGAAGAUGCGGCGCGUGCUCACCGCCGAGGUCCUGGCCCCGGCCACCGAGCGCCGCCUCCGCGCCGCGCGCGAGGGGGAGGCGGACCACCUCGUCCGCUACGUCCGCGCGCUGGGCCGCCGGGAGGGCGGCGCCGUCGAUGUGCGCCACGUCGCCCGGCACUUCUGCGGCAACGUCAUCCGGCGGCUCACCCUGGGGCGGCGCCACUUCGGCGGCGAGGCGCCGCCGGCCGACGGCGGGCCCGGGCGCGACGAGGCGGAGCACGUGGACGCGCUCUUCGCCGCGCUCAACCACCUCGACGCGUUCUGCGUCUCCGACUACUUCCCGGCGCUGGUGGGGCUCGACCUCGACGGCCACGAGCGGGUGGUCAGGUCCGUGAUGCGGACGCUGGGCCGCCUGCACGACCCCGUCGUGGAGGAGCGCGUGGAGGAGUGGCGGCGGCUGCGCAAGGCCGGCGAGCGCCGGGAACCCGCCGACUUCCUCGACGUCCUUGCCUCCCUCGACGACGCUGCGGGCCGGCCGCUGCUCACCGUCGACGAGAUCAAGGCGCAGACCAUCGACAUCAUGAUCGCGACGGUGGACAACCCGUCGAACGCGGCGGAGUGGGCGCUGGCGGAGAUGGUGAACCGGCCGGAGGUGAUGGCGCGGGCGGUGGCGGAGCUCGACGCCGCCGUGGGGCGGGGCCGGCUGGUGUCGGAGGCCGACGCGCGCGGCGGGCUCGACUACCUCCGGGCGUGCAUCCGGGAGGCGUUCCGGCUGCACCCGUACCACCCCUUCAACCCGCCGCGCGUCGCCAUGGCGGACGCCGCCGUCGCCGGGUACGCCGUGCCCCGGGGCAGCCACGUCCUGCUCAGCCGCGUCGCGCUCGGCCGGAACGCCGCCGCGUGGGAGGACCCGCUCGAGUUCCGCCCCGAGCGGCACCUGCCCCCCGCCGCCGCCGCCGGGCUGGCCGCUGGCGGCGGCGUGUCUCUGUCGGAGCCGGACCUGCGGUUCAUCUCCUUCAGCACGGGGCGGCGGGGCUGCCCGGGGCUCUCGCUCGGCACGCUCAUCACCGUCACGCUGCUCGCGAGGCUGCUGCAGGGGUUCAGCUGGAGCUUGCCGCCGGGCGUGGACAGGGUGGAGCUCCGGGAGGCGCCGGCGAGCCUCGAGCUGGCCGAGCCGCUCGUCCUGCGGGCGACGCCGCGGCUGCCGGCGCACCUGUACGACGAGGCCAACAAGUGAUGAUGAUAUCAUACCUUGCAGGAGCUGCGGCUCCUUUUGCUAGGUUUUACGGGAGUGAGUACAUGGAGGAAUAAAAGUUGGCUCAUCAUCUGCAUCGGAGGAUCUGUGAGACUGAUGUUCUUCAUCAGUUCUUGUACCGAAUAUUGUGCGUGCGUGUACUUCGGGGUGGUUACUGUCUUCAAUCCAUGCAUACCGUAGAACUAUGUCACUGUAGCAGGUUGUAUUUAAGUUUGGGAGACCCUGGUGCGAAAUAUAAAAACCGAGAUUUUAUGUGU